UAAUAAGAAAAGUGUAAUAAAGUGACGCGCAGAAAAUUCUAUUUAAAACAAAUAUUUGAAAAUUUAAACAAAAAUCAAAAAAGAAGUGUCUUAAAACAAUUACAUACCUAAAAUUACAAAUAAUAAAAAGCAAACAAAUUUAAAAAUUUAAAAAUGUCAAGCAAACCCAAAAAAUCUAAGCAUUCUUCUUCCACUGACAUACAUAUCAUGUUAGAAGAUAUUCAUGCUGAUCUACAGAAAAUCAAAGGAAGUUGAAGAAUAUAAAAAAAGUAUGUUUGAAAAAAUUGAAAAGCAGAACAACGGCGUUUGCGAGGUGUUAGCAGAGCACAGUGUUUGUUUAAAAUCAAUUGUAUCCUCAUUUUGGAAUACACCGAAAUAUAUAAAGCAGUUCCCUAUUAAAACAGAGGAAGAAUUAUUAAAAUGGGAAGAUGGAAUAAAUGAGGAAAAUAAGGAUGAAAUGGUCAAAACUUUGAAUGCUAUCAUGGGGGAGAAAGGCCUGUGUAAAGGAUUACCUCUAAUAAUACACAAGAAACUUCUGCUAAAAUAUAAUUUGAAUGGUACUCAUAAUAAAAAGGGGCUAAAAUUUUUCAAAAAUGUUAUGGAUGUGCUUUUUUUAUCCUAUACUUCAUCAUCUGUAAACAAAUGCGAACCCAACACUUUUGAAAAAGAAAUAAGAUUGGCACUAAGAAAAAUCAAAAAUCGACACUUUAAAGAUGCUUUUGAUGAAAAAAAAACGUGAAAUGAAAAAUAAUGCAGAUACAACAGCUGAAUAAUGCGCUUUUAUUAUAUCCCCACAUUAUUCAUUUACUUUUUUCAAUUCUGUGAAUUAAAUUUUAUAACUAUUUUCACUGAAUGUGUAUUAAUACCUGUCUUUAAAAAUGUGAUUUAAUUUUUUAUGCCUUAAGUUAAUUGAUAAAAAAUUUAAAGCCAAUUCAAGUU